AUGUCUGUUGAAGAAGUCUCUCAAAAGCUAGAAAACGUUACUGUUAGCGAUGAUGCUCCAAAGACCGUGCUAUCUGACAACAAGGAAUUUGAAGUCAAGCACCCAUUGAACACCAAGUGGACUUUAUGGUACACCAAGCCAGCUGUUGACAAGUCUGAAUCUUGGUCAGACCUUUUACGUCCAGUUACUACUUUCGAAACUGUCGAAGAGUUCUGGGCUAUCAUUCAAAACAUUCCAGAACCACAUGAAUUACCUCUAAAGUCUGAUUACCAUGUCUUUAGAAACGAUAUCAGACCAGAAUGGGAAGAUCAAGCUAACUCUAAAGGUGGUAAAUGGUCCUUCCAAUUGAAGGGUCGCGGUUCUGAUAUCGAUGAAUUAUGGUUGAGAACUUUACUAGCUGUCAUUGGUGAAACCAUUGAUGAAGAUGAUUCCCAAAUUAACGGUGUUGUCUUAAGUAUUAGAAAAGGUGGUAACAAAUUUGCUCUAUGGACUAAGUCUGAAGAUAAAGAACCAUUAACCAAGAUUGGUGCCAAGUUUAAGACCGUUUUAAAGUUGACUGAAGAUGGUCUACUAGAAUUCUACCCUCAUUCUGCUGCCAAUGACAGACAUGCUCAACCAUCUAUCACUUUGUAA